AUGGCACUCAAGCUCUCCGACAAGCAGAAAGUCUCCGCAGCUAUCGCGAUAUCAUUCGCCUUCUUCAUCGCCGAGAUCGUGGUCGCUAUUAAGACGGGCAGUCUGGCCCUUAUGGCCGAUGCAUUCCACUAUCUGAACGAUCUUAUUGGUUUCAUCGUGACCUUGUGGUCCAUUAUUAUCGAGAAGAAGACGGAGUAUCGCCAAGACUUCUCAUUUGGCUGGCAGAGAGCUCGCCUGCUGGGUUCUUUCUUCAACGGAGCCUUCCUGCUCGCCCUGGGUGUGAGCAUAUUUCUGCAGUCCAUCGAGCGGUUUAUCGCAUUUCAGGAGGUCAGCGAUGCCAAGCUGAUCCUGAUCGUGGGUUGCGUGGGCCUCGGCCUGAAUAUCAUUACCAUCACGUUUUUGCACGAACACCAUCACGGUCACGGUCAUGGCCAUCACAAUGACCACGACCAUGAGUCCCAGAACCACCCCACUCACGAAUCUGAACCCCGCUGCUUCCACCAAGACCACGCCGACUCCGACUGUCCGUCCAAAGGGGGCGGUAACGGACACCUCGCGCCAGAAGGCCACUCUGGCCACCGGCACGUCUCGCUCUCGCUCAAGGCGCCUGGGCGGGACUUGGGUAUGAUGGGGGCGCUGCUGCACGUCAUAGGGGACGCGUUAAACAACCUCGGCGUCAUCAUUGCGGCAGUUGUGAUCUUGUUCACUUCAUCACCAGGCCGCUUCUAUGCCGACCCGGCAGUUGGCCUAGCGAUCUCACUGAUGAUUGUGUCAAGUGCUAUACCCCUGGCGCGGGAUAGUGGCGAAAUAUUGCUACAAAGCGCGCCGGUGGGGGUAGAUCUGGCAGAUAUCAAGCACGACCUUGAGAAGAUCCCGGGCGUCGAUUCGGUUCAUGAACUCCACGUCUGGCGCCUAGACCAGCGCAAAGCCAUCGCCUCAGCGCAUGUCAUUGUUUCGGACCUAGACGCUACUGGCUUCAUGGCUAAAGCACGCACCAUUAGGGAGUGUCUGCACGCCUAUGGGAUCCACUCAACGACGGUCCAGCCAGAACUCCUCGCGCCCUUCUCCAUUGCCCCAUCAACUCAACCAUCGAUCAUCACCGUCACAGCACCCGCUACCGUAGGCUCAGCUCCCGAAAUUUCGGGUGGCCCAUAUAAUCUGGAAACCCUGCGUGAUCCGGCUGGGAACAGUAGCGUCAAUGUUAAUGGCGACAGUGCUGAUGCUGGCGGUGGUGAACCAGGUGGCAAUAGCGCCGCCGAGAGUGGAAGCGGUACAACUACCCCGUGCCAGAUAGUGUGUGGCCGGGGAGGGUGUGAUGCACUGAUGUGCUGCAACUCUCCAGUGUAG